AUGAGAUUUGCAACUGCCCAACUCGCUGCCCUCGCUUAUUAUAUUUUAUCCACUGAAGCCACUUUCCCAUUAUUGGGUGAUAUCUUUGAUUGUAUCCCACACAACACUCCUCCAGUUUGUAGUGAAUUGAAUCUUUAUCAUGAUACUUCUGCUUCUAUCAAUGGUUCUCAAAACAACAAAAACAAAAGAGAUGUUGAAAAAAGAACUUUUGGAAAUUUUGGAUUUAAUUCUGGGGUCAAUGCUGCAUUCGUCGUGUCUGGUGCCAAAAAAUUAUCUGAUGGUUCUUAUGGUAUUGAUUGUAAUUUUAAAAGUGAUUCAUCGGUUCAAUUAAAUCUGGCUUUUGGGAAAAAAAUUAAACAAUUAAGUGUUACUGGUACUGGAUAUUCUGAUAUUGAUUUAUUAGGACAUGUUGCUAAUCCAUUUGAAUGGUCAGCUUCUUUUAAAAUUAAAGCAGAAAUUAUUAAAGGAAAAUGUUGUCUUCCAUCCGGUUUUAAAAUUAUUACUGAUUUUGAAAGUAAUUGUCCUGAAUUUGAUGCCAUUAAACAAAUUUUUGGUACUUCUCAAAUAAUUUAUAAAGUUAAUGCUAUUUCUCAUGCUAUUGGUACUUUUGAUGCUUCUGCUUUAUUUAAUGCUCAACUCAAUGCUUUCCCAGUUAAAAGAGAAUUAAAUGAAUUUGAAGAAUUAAAUAAUAAUAAUGGUAUUACUCAUAGUAAAAGAACUUUAGGUUUACUUUUAAAUUUGCUUAAGAAAGUUACUGGUGGAUGUGAUACUUUACAACAAUUUUGUUGGGAUUGUCAAUGUGAUACCCCAUCUGUAUCAACUACCAUCGUAAGCACUUCUUCAGCCCCAGAAACCUCCACCACCCCAGAAUCUAGUGUUCCAGAAACCACCAUUGUCACCACUUCAUCUGCUCCAGAAACCACUCCAGAAUCAUCAGCUCCAGAAACCACCACCACCACCACCCCAGAAUCAUCAGCUCCAGAAACCACCACCACCACCACCCCAGAAUCUAGUGCCCCAGAAACCACUCCAGUUUCUUCAAGUGUUGAUUCUACUUCUGUCACUUCUGUUCCAGAAUCAUCUGCCCCAGAAACCACUCCAGUUUCUUCAAAUGUUGAUUCUACUUCUGUCACUUCUGUUCCAGAAUCAUCUGCCCCAGAAUCAUCAGCUCCAGAAACUGAAACUUCUCCAAUUGUUCAAUUAUCUACUACUACUGCACAAACUACAACUGUUAUUACUGUUACUUCAUGUUCUAACAAUGCAUGUAGCAAAACUAAAGUAACAACUGGUGUUGUUGUUGUCACUUCUGAAGACACUAUUUAUACUACUUUCUGUCCAUUAACUGAAACUACUCCAGUUACUUCAAAUGUUGAUUCUACUGCUGAAACUUCUGCUCCAGAAUCUAGUGUUCCAGAAACCACUGCUGAAUCUACUACCCCAGAAUCUACUGCUCCAGAAUCUACUGUUCCAGAAACCACUGCUGAAUCCACUACCCCAGAAUCUACUGCUCCAGAAUCUACUGCUGAAUCUACUACCCCAGAAUCUACUGCUCCAGAAACUGAAACUUCUCCAACUGUUCAAUUCUCUACUACUACUGCACAAACUACAACUGUUCUCACUGUUACUUCAUGUUCCAACAAUGCAUGCAGUGAAUCUGAAGUCACUACUGGUGUUGUUGUUAUUACAACUGAAGAUACUAUUUACACUACCUUCUGUCCAUUAACUGAAACUACCACAGCUACAGAAUCAUCAACUCCAUCUGUUGAAACCACUCCAAUUGCUCCAGAAUCAUCAGCUCCAGCUUCCGAAUCAGUUCCUGUCACUGAAAGUUCUUCAGUUGCCCCAAUUGCUGAAACCACUCCAGUUUCCCCAGUUGCUCCAAAUGCUGAAUCUACUCCAGUUGCUCCAAAUGCUGAAUCAACUCCAGUUGCUGAAACCACUCCAAUUGCUCCUACUACUGCUCCAGAAACUAGUGCUAUCGUCUCUACGACUGAAGGUACUAUUCCAACUACAUUAGAAUCAAUUUCUAUUAUUCAAUCAUCAGCUAAUUCUUCAUACACUAUUGCUCCAGUUUCUUCAUUUGAAGGUGCUGGUAAUAACAUGAGAUUGACUUAUGGUGCUGCUAUUGUUGGUCUUGCUGCAUUAUUGAUCUAA